UCAAAGAAAUCGAAUAGUGUGCCUGCGGUCUACGUUGGACUAUUCGAAGAUGGAAGGUCGGCACACCACCUUGACCGAGGAGCGCCAAGUAAUGUCGAAAAAACUAGGGUUUGUUUGGGAUUCUCAUGCCGCGGCAUGGAACGAAAGGUAAGAGCGACUACAACAUUUUCGUCUGGAGCACGGGCCCAGCCGCGUCCCGAAGAGUUACCCGAGGAAUCAGUCGUUCGGUGUAUGGUGAAGUGCCAGAGACAACAGUUUCGUGUAUGGAGCCAAAACAAAAGGUCCAGCAUUACGAGAGAAAGGGUAGAAAGAUUGAGGGACCUCGACUGCGUCUUUAAUCCUAGGUACAAGAAGAGAAGUGAAGAAGCUACGCGAUGGUACUAG